CACGAGAACGCAGUGGCGCUGAUGGGGGGCGGCGCCGGCCGCGGGCGAUAGUACGACGGCGGCCGCCCGCGCAGCGUCACCCACCGCCCGUCAGCCAUGGUGCGCGACAAGAAACCGCCGGGCAAGACCGACUCGCAGAAAUCAAGCACCAACCUAGUGGGAAAAUUCACGCAGAGCGUCCGCCGCAUCGUACAGGACGUCAAGGACGAGGGCGCUUCCAGCGGGCAGACGAAGGAGGAGGUGAUAGAGACGAACGAACGGCUACGCAUGGUGCGGAUUCGGCUGGACGAGAAUUAUGAUACCGCCAAGAAGGCGCUGGUGACGCUCAUGACGCGCUACAACGAGUCCAAGGCUCAGAGGAACCUGUUCACCAGAUACGCGAUGCUGAAGGUCAUGAUCAAGGAUGUCAUCCGUCUGGAGACUCAAUACUGGUCGUUAGUCGAGAUCCCUCGUCAGGAGAAGGCAGAGACGGUACCGGCCUUCGUGCUGCGCGCGUGCGCCAUCAUGGAGAAGACGCAGAAGUCUGGAGAAGGAGUCAAGACCUCGUCUAAGCUGGCCGAGGAGGCCGCUGAUCGCAGGGACAGGAUAGAAAGGCUGAGCGAUAUGACAACAUCCCAAAUAGAAGCCGAGAAUACGCAGAUGACAAACGACUUGUACCGCCUCCUGAAAAAGUACACCGGCUUAAGAAAUCUUAUAAGAGAAUUAAAGUCGGAGUAUGUAAGCACGAAAGUGUACCCGAUGUUCCCGCGGUACACGAUGCUGAAAGACAUGAUAAAGGACAUCAUGCACGACCCUGACUACAUGGAGGUGUGCCACGAGGUCGACCCAUAGCGCGGGGUUCGCAAAUAAAUGAGGCGCUCUUUCACAGACCGCGCGCGGUCGAGUCGUCGCUAGCGGACGAGGGUCAAGAUCAGGAGGAAAAGGGUUCCGAUAAAUCGAUCCUGAGUUGUCGGAGAGCAUCGGCAACAAGUCGUUACAUUUUCGUGACGGGCAGUGCUGUGACAUGCUAGCGGCGGGUAGUGCGGCGAGUACUCAUUUAUUUGCGAUUAUUUGUUAUUGGACUUGGUUUAGUGUAAGCUUAGAUUCGAAUUAGUGUACUCGUCCUUCAAGAGCCUGUGAAGUUUCUUCUUCUUUCCAAAAUUCUCUU